CCUACUGCUGGAAUAGGAGGCCAUGCUUCAAGACAAGCCUGCCUGAGGCUGCAACUCUGCUGUACCCACGUGCGUCGGGGUCACGCACCGUGCACUGAUGCGUGACCAUCUCCAGCCUUCCGCCGGGACCCACUGCCCGGGCAGGGUCUGAACCCCCACCGCCUCCAGCUCACGCGCGCAGGGGUGCGUACACGUGGUGACCUGCCUGGGGCCGGGUUCCUGGCUUCGGCUCCUCCUCCCUCCGGCUCUCGUUCGGCUUUCUGCAGUAUCACGUGCAGCCGCGCCGGGUGCAGGAUGGCGGCUGCGGCAGCAGCGGUGGGUGUCAGGCUCCGAGACUGCUGCAGCAGGGGCGCUGUGCUCCUGCUCUUCUUUUCCCUGUCCCCUCGGCCCCCGGCCGCCGCCGCCUGGCUGCUGGGCCUGCGGCCCGAGGACACCGCUGGAGGCCGCGUGUCCCUGGAGGGGGGCACCCUGCGCGCCGCCGAAGGCACCAGCUUCCUCCUGCGCGUCUAUUUCCAGCCCGGGCCCGCGGCGCCCGUGGAGCCGGUGCCCACACCCACCCUUUCCCCAGGGGAGAACGGCACCGGCGACUGGGCUCCACGGCUCGUGUUUAUCGAGGAGCCUCCGGGCGGGAGCGGCGCGGCGCCCAGCGCUGUCCCCACGCGCCCCCCGGGGUCGCAGCGCUGCCGCGAGCAGAGCGACUGGGCAUCAGACGUGGAGGUCCUGGGGCCCCUGCGCCCCGGAGGCGUGGCGGGCUCAGCUCUAGUCCAGGUGCGGGUGCGGGAACUGCGUAAGGGCGAGGCAGAGCGAGGCGGCACGAGCGGUGGCGGGAAGCUCUUCUCUCUGUGCGCCUGGGACGGGCGCGCCUGGCACCACCACGGCGCCGCCGGCGGCUUCCUGCUGCGCGUACGCCCGCGGCUCUAUGGCCCGGGCGGGGACCUGCUGCCCCCCGCGUGGCUGCGGGCGCUCGGAGCGCUCCUGCUGCUCGCCCUGUCUGCCCUGUUUAGCGGCCUGCGCCUGAGCCUGCUCUCGCUGGACCCGGUGGAGUUACGGGUGCUGCGGAACAGCGGCUCGGCCGCCGAGCAGGAGCAGGCGCGCCGAGUGCAGGCCGUGCGCGGGAGGGGGACCCAUCUGCUCUGCACCCUGCUCCUGGGCCAAGCCGGAGCCAACGCGGCCCUGGCGGGCUGGCUGUACGCCUCGCUGCCGCCGGGCGUCGGGGACACCGGGGAAGACUACGGCGACGCGGGGACUCACUUCCCCUGGCUGCCGGCGCUCGUGUGCACCGGCGCCGUGUUCCUGGGCGCAGAGAUCUGCCCCUACUCGGUGUGUUCGCGGCACGGGCUGGCCAUCGCCUCCCACAGCGUGUGCCUGACCCGGCUCCUGAUGGCGGCCGCUUUCCCCGUGUGCUACCCGCUGAGCCGCCUGCUGGACUGGGCGCUGCGCCAGGAGAUCAGCACCUUCUACACGCGGGAGAAGCUGCUGGAGACGCUGCGGGCCGCGGAUCCUUACAGCGACCUGGUGAAAGAGGAGCUCAACAUUAUCCAGGGCGCCCUGGAGCUGCGCACCAAGGUGGUGGAAGAGGUGCUGACCCCUCUUGGGGACUGCUUCAUGCUGCGCUCCGACGCUGUGCUGGAUUUCGCCACUGUCUCCGAGAUCCUGCGCAGCGGCUACACUCGCAUCCCCGUGUACGAGGGCGACCAGCGGCACAACAUUGUGGACAUUCUGUUUGUCAAGGACUUGGCCUUCGUGGACCCCGACGACUGCACGCCGCUUCUCACGGUCACCCGCUUCUAUAACCGGCCCCUGCACUGCGUCUUCAAUGAUACCCGGCUGGACGCGGUGUUGGAGGAGUUUAAGAAGGGAAAGUCUCACCUGGCCAUUGUCCAGCGGGUGAAUAAUGAGGGAGAAGGGGACCCCUUCUAUGAGGUGAUGGGCAUUGUCACACUGGAGGACAUCAUAGAGGAGAUCAUCAAGUCGGAGAUCCUGGAUGAAACUGACCUCUACACCGACAAUCGGAAAAAGCAGAGAGUCCCACACAGGGAGAGGAAGCGGCACGACUUCUCCUUGUUUAAGCUUUCUGACUCGGAGAUGAGGGUGAAGAUCUCUCCACAGCUUCUGCUGGCCACGCACCGCUUCAUGGCCACAGAAGUGGAGCCGUUUAAGUCUCUGUACCUCUCGGAGAAGAUCCUGCUCCGGCUCCUGAAACAUCCCAACGUGAUCCAGGAGCUGAAGUGUGAUGAGAAGAACAAGAAGGCCCCGGAACACUACCUGUACCAGCGCAACCGCCCUGUGGACUACUUUGUGCUACUUCUGCAGGGUAAAGUGGAGGUGGAGGUUGGUAAGGAAGGCCUUCGCUUCGAGAAUGGAGCCUUCACCUACUAUGGUGUCCCAGCCAUCAUGACCACUGCUUGCUCAGAUAACGAUGUGCGGAAGGUUGGAAGUCUGGCUGGAUCCUCUGUCCUUCUGCCCGUCUCUGUGUCUCGUACCUUCGCCUUCAGCAGAGGGGACUCUCUGGCAGGCUCCCCAGUAAACCGCUCCCCUUCCCGCUGCAGCGGGUUGAACCGCUCUGAAUCUCCAAGCCGUGAGCGCAGCGACUUUGGGGGAAGCAACACCCAGCUGUGCAGUAGCAGCAACAACCUCUACACACCCGACUACUCAGUCCACAUCCUCAGCGACGUGCAGUUUGUGAAGAUCACGCGGCAGCAGUACCAGAAUGCGCUCACGGCCUGCCACAUGGACAGCACACCCCAGUCCCCCGACAUGGAAGCCUUCACUGACGGGUACUGCACCAAGGCCCCCGUGACCCGGGGCACACCCCAGACCCCCAAGGAUGACCCUGCCGUCACCCUCCUGAGCAACAGGAACAGCCUGCCGUGCAGCCGUUCAGAUGGGCUGAGAAGCCCCGGUGAGGUCGUGUACCUGAGGAUGGAGGAGAUGGCCUUCACCCAGGAGGAGAUGACAGACUUCGAGGAGCAGAGCACACAGCAACUCUCACUGUCUCCUGCAGCUGUUCCCAUGAGAGCAGCAUCAGAUAGUGAAUGUUGUCAUAUCAACCUGGACACAGAGACCAGCCGCUGCAGCAGCAGCUUUGAGGAAACCAUGGGCCAGAAGUUGCUGAGAACCUUGAGUGGUCGAAAAAGGAAGAGGUCACCAGAUGGAGAGAGAACCUCUGAGGAGAACUCCAACUUAACCCCUCUCAUCACAUGACAGGGCAGUCAGCGUUCGCUGGGUGCGUGAGAUUCCAGAGCUUUGGGGAGAACCCGUCCUCCCAUCAUCUGCUUCUCCCCAAGGCCUCCCACAGGUGACAGAGCGUUCCGCUUUCCUUACCACCUCUUCACCCCUAGCUGUCAGUUUGGCAGAUUUUCCCUCGUUCCUCCAGUUUGACUCAGAGCCUUGCGGUGGCCAUAACGGAAGGAGGUGCCUCAGUGGAACAUGCUAGAAAUGGUCUUAUCCACAGCACAGUCUGGGACUGGAGAAGAAAUGACCCCAGGCUGACAGUGCCACUCGAGGAUCCCUGAUGCCCUUUUUUGUUCUUUGGUGUCCCCUGGCACCAUAUUUCAUACUUAGCUUAGGUCAAAAGGUGCCACUGGCAGACGGGCACAAAGGAGGCUGGAGCAGCAGAUAGGAAGAUUAGUUCAGGAGAUGCACCAAGAAUUCCUCCAGAACUUUAGAGCAGCGGGACAGUCACGUUGGCAUGUGAAGUUACAGGACAGAAAACUGUCAGUGACCAGUUUCCUGUUAGAUAAGGGUUCCAGCAGCCUGGGAGGUGUGUCUCAG